AUGGCCGCCAACCUCCCCUCCGAACACCCCGCCCUCUCCGUCCACCUCGCCGACGUCGCCCUCACGCCGCUCAUCACCUCCUCCUCCUCGCCCGUCCAGCUCGACGCCCUCACCUCCCUCACCUCGGGCGCCCUCGUCUCCCAAACGGCGGCCCGCCGCACCAACCUCGGCCGCCCCCAGCGCAUCAUGGUCGAGUACCCGGACGCCGGUGCCGUCGUCCUCCAGUCCUACCUCGAUCCUCCUCACGGCCACCCCCAUCGCCGCGAAGCCGCCCCCCCGACCACCUUUGCCUCGGCCUCGGCCUCGGCUUCGGAGAGGCACGACGAAGCCGCCCCCAUGCUCGUCUGCCUCGUCGUUGCCCCCUCCUCCCGUGACGCCCGCGAGGCCCGCCGCGCCGCUGCCAAGCUCGAGAGCAUCGGCCGUCAGUUCCAGCACCAGUGGGGAACCCAAGGCGCCGCCCGAAACGCCGACCGAGGUCCCGACUCCGUCGACUUCCCGGCCAAGGCGGAAACGUGA